UUGCGCAUCGCGGUGCUGGACCAAGCGACCGCGAUGGAGUCGCCGUCCGCCAUGGACACUUGCAUCUCGCCGUUGACGGAGUACGCCAAGAUGGACAGCGACCUGCAUAUCUUUAGCCUCUCGCAGCUGCAGGACGUGCAUGUGCACAGCCUCUCGGACCUCCUGGCAGCGACGACGUGCGAGGCGCCCACGAAGCGCCACCAACCGGCAGCGCGCUGCGCCAUGUGCAGCAGCGUCGUCGAGAACUGGGACGCGCGCGUCUUGUGGCUCACGCUCUACACGGUGCUGAGCUUGCUCGCUGUAUCGUUCGCCGUGCCCGCCUGCAUGGAUGCCACGUCGUACCCGCUGGGCACGCACCUCGAGUGCAUGGCGCCGUCGCCCGAUCUCGGUCACUCGAAGCGGCAGUCGUACUUUGACAUGGUCAGCAUCAUGCUCAUCACGGGCAACGUCGUCGUGCUCAUUAGCGUCUCGCUCUACCUCGGGCUUCAAUGCACGUGGAGCAAGAAGAAGAUCGUGGCCAACCCCAACCACGCCAACCUCACCAAUAGCUUUGUCUUGCCGUGCUACGCUCUCGUGUGGUACAUUUUCGUGGGGCUCGGUGUGAGCUUCGUCGUCGGCGUCACCUUCUCCGUCUCGACCGCGCUUUGGGUCCAUCCCGGCUUUGACGCGAUCUACUGCUUUCUCUUCCACUUUCCCAUCACCUGGAUCCGGCAGCUCCUUCCAGUGCUCAUGGUGCAAAAAUCGAUUUCGAAAGCGGCCAUUCUACGCUCGGUCGGGCUCUCGGGCGCGAUGAGCAUCGUCUUUAUGAGCUUCAUCUUCAUCGACAAGGCAUCGGAUGGCGUCCCGAUCUUCUUCCUUGCGUUCCACUUUGUCUCGCUCCUCUAUUACGCGUGGACCAAGUACGUGUGCUUUGCACGGACAUCGUUUGACGUCGUGUACGUGCUCUUGGCGCUAACGUCCGUGCUCUACAUGCUGUACGUCGUCUCGUACCUCAGACAAUAUUGUCUUAUGUCCUGUAGACCCCCUGUCGUGCUACUCUUGGACCACCAAAUGCACCCGUCCGUCUAUAGCCGCGUCACUGUCGUUGGCAACGUUGUGGACGCGUUUACGAUUCUCUCGAUUCUCCUCAGUCUGCGCGCCGACACCAAAUACUGGCUGGGCCUCGACGACAACUCGAUCCAGACCAACGAUCCGGCCAAGCUGUACCUCCGACUGAUUGCAGAGAGAGGCAUGGUCUCUUCCUUCUCGACGCGCACGUCUGUCUACGACGUCCACUACAUGAUCGAAGAGUUCAAGGACAGUAUGAUCGAUUAUUCGUGCCUCCACCUCGACGCCGUCAUCGCCCAAGGCGCAACCGCCGUCGUCCUCCGUGGCUCAAUGCACAAGCAUCUGCUACGGCGCAACGCCCCGGUCGCCAUCAAGAUGUACACGUCGCUCUUCGUCACGGACGACGACGUGCGCCGCUUCUCCAAGGAGACGUCGCUAAAUAUUGGCCUCUCGCACCCCAACAUUGUGCGGUUUUACGGGCUCUGCGUCGUACCGCCGGCCAUCUGCUUGGUGUUCGAGUACUGCGAAUGGGGGUCGCUCGAACUCGUCUUGCUCGCGCAAAACCGCUCGACGACCGAGUGGGACCUCCCCACAAAACUCAAAGCGUGUUUGGACGCAUGUCGCGCGGUCGCAUACCUCCACAGCUUUAGUCCACCGCUGCUGCACCGGGACAUCAAGACAGCCAACUUUCUCCUAGCCUCGGACGCGAUGCUCAAGCUCAGCGACUUUGGCGAGAGCAACCUCAUGCGGCCCAAGAACGACGGCACGAUGACGGUCGUCGGUAGCGUCGAUUUCAUGGCGCCUGAAAUGAUCUCGGGGGGCCGGCCGGCAUCAGCCGUGUAUGGCACAGCGGCCGACGUGUACAGCUUGACGAUGACGCUCUGGCACAUUCUGGCGCCGGGUCGCAAUCCGUGGAAAGGCCGAUCGCACUUUGAAGUGUAUACGAAAACCAUUCAAGGCGAGCGCCCACCGAUACCCGAGACGCUUCCGAAUGAUUGCCACGAGCUGCUCGAGCGCGGCUGGGCACCAGACGCCGACGAGCGCUGGCACGUCGAUGAGAUGGAACAACUCGUGCUCGGGAUGCUCAAGGGUGGCGUCUCGCGCGUGCGGCUGGAGGCGCCGACCGCAUCGUCCUCCGUGUCGACGACCUCGGCAAGCUACGUGGCCUUGGCCCAUUCGACCAGCAUUUAAAAUAUCCUAUUUAUUGACA